AUGGCUUGCCCAAUCCUGGACCUUCCUUCAGAGCUCCUAGCAAAGGUGGCUCUUCACACCUCACAUACAACAGAAACCCACCCUUCAACCGUGAAAUCCUGCAUGUUAACGUGCAAGACUUUCGCAGAGCACUUCCGACCCCGCCUCUUCCGGCGCGCAGCAAUCGAGUUGGAACGCAGCGGGCCCAUCGAGCGUCUCCUCGCGAUCCUCUCCGCGAACCCGGGGUAUGGAAAAUAUGUCAAGAAUUUGGUUAUCGCGACAUCCUCGCUGUCCACCGUGCACUGCCCCGCACUUCCGGACUUGCUCCUUCAUCUCACAGAGGUCAGCGACUUGGCGAUGGACUCGAUUUCGUUCCUGUCUCUCCCUGAACCAUUGGCACAAUCGAUAUCAUCGCUUUGCACAAGGAGUCCCCUCUCGACACUCCGUAUCUUCGCCUGUAAAGAUUUCCCACUGGAUUCGGCGCUCAACCCGAGGGCACAAAUGAUCACCAUAUACGAGCCAUCGUUCUGCCACUCGGAAAACGAGGGGGAGCCUGUCGAUGCGGGGACGCGUCAAGGAUCGAAUCUCAGAGUUCUCAGGGUCACCGUCCCCUCCAAGGACGUCUUUCCGUGCCCCCGACGCCUCCUUACAUUCGCUGCUAAUUCGUUGGAGGUGAUGCAAGUCAAUGCGCUUGAAAUGCGGCCCUUCUCCCUCGAUCUUGAAGGCCUCGUCUGUCUUCGCCACCUCCUCUUCAGCCUAUCCGGCGUAUGGCGCAUCGACGACGCACUCCACCUCGUCACCAGCCUCGCUCGCUCGCUUCCUUCCGUCGAGCAAUCGCUCGAAACGAUUUCGAUUUCCUUUGAUAUCUUAGACCCGAGCGUCUUCAUGCACCUCGUCGAUGCAGCGGCCGAAUGGGGGGACCUGGGGGGUGCUCUGCAGGAUCGGACGCGCUUGCCGAGGCUACGUGAGGUGCAGGUGGAGUUUGGGGUUAGGAAUUUGUUCGCUGCUGGGCCGUUACCUGAGGAGGAUACCUGUAAGCGGAAAGCGGAGGAGAUGGCGCGUUUGGCCUUUAAGGAUGUGGAAGCAAAAAUCCGGGUCUCUGUGGAGAUUGGGAAUUCGUAA